UCACUUAACUUGUCCGUUUGCCCGGGGAAAUCGCUUAAACACCUCAGCUGCUUGCCUAGUAAAUUAAAAGCAAGGUGUUGUCUCUUAAACAAAACCAAAGGACCGUUUAUGGAACAUUCUUCGCUUCAGCUGUCCUUGGAAACACAACAGGCGAUGCAAGCCGUAGAUCGCAAGCCCAUUAUCCUGUGUCGGGUCUGUGGGGAUAGAUCAUCUGGAAAACAUUACGGGGUUUUCACCUGCGACGGAUGCCGAGGCUUUUUUAAGAGGAGUAUUCGUCGUAAUCUCACAUAUCAAUGCAAGGAAAGAGGCAAUUGUACUGUGGAUGUAACGAGACGAAAUCAAUGCCAGGCCUGUAGGUUAAAGAAGUGUUUUGAAGUGAAGAUGAACAAAGAUGCCGUCCAACACGAGAGGGCCCCACGCUCCUCGCAAGCUGUCCCAAUUGUCCCCACGUGCUCAUUACUCAGUGGAUCAUACGAACAACCUCCCACGCACGCUGUCCCAGAACAGCCGUUCUCUUACUCCAAAAGCAACCAGGGUGACAGACCACAGCGCCACAGCAGCCCAGAGCGAGAACUGGAACCGAACAGAUCGAGCGACCUAUCACGCUUCUCGCCCCCAGUCUCUCAGUAUCACGGCCAGAAUAACAACCAGUCACCAGACUCCUCCAAGAAGCGCAACUUUCUUUCCAUAGCAAGUCUGAUUGAAACAAAAGACAACUCUGCGCAGCCUUCUCCGAGUACUACCACCUCCAGCCCUAAACACGAGAGUGACGACCCUAGAGAAAGGUCACCACUCGUGUACCAACCCUCCUCGGAGUCCGUAUAUGAGUCCGCCGUGCAGUUACUGUACAUGUCAGUUACUUGGGCGAGAAAUAUACCCACAUUUUUGGAUCUUCCUUUCCGUGAUCAAGCGAUCUUGCUGGAAGAAGGAUGGAGUGAGCUUUUCGUUCUGAGCGCUGCCCAGUUCUCUUUGCCAGUGGACAUGGGGCCGCUUCUAUCUGCAGCUGGUCUGCAGGUGGAUAAAGCGCCCACAGAUAAAAUCGUGGCGGGAAUGGCAGACAUUCGUCUGUUACAAAAUGUGGUGGCGAGAUUCAAGCGGCUGCAGAUUGACUCUACUGAGUAUGCGUGUUUGAAAGCCAUUGUGCUAUUCAAGCCAGACCUUCGUGGUCUCCGAGCGCCUCACAUGGUUGAAAGACUGCAAGAUCAAGCCCAAGCCAUGUUGGGAGAAUAUUGCCGCGGCCACAAUCCUGAACAGCAAGUGAGAUUUGGAAAGCUGUUGCUGAUGCUACCAUCAUUACGCUCCAUCAGUCCUAAGAUGAUAGAAGACUUGUUCUUCCGCGGGGCUCUUGAUAACGUCCCCAUUGAGAGAAUGCUGUGUGAUAUGUUCAAAUCAAGCUAAGCUGAAGGCUACUAUCUCCUAGAAAGUACAGUGCUCUUCAGUUUUCGUUUUGAAAGGAGAGCUUGUUAUUUGUGAACAGUUUAGUUAAAUAAGUAACUCGGUUGUUAAUUCCAUAACCUACCUUUUAGCCCAGAUGAAGUACAGCUGUCAAUUUUAAAGAAGGGAGACCUCCAACAAAGCACUCAUAUAGCGUGGAUUGCCUGUCCUUAGCCGGGGCGAGAUGCGCAGGAACUGGGCCUUUACGCUAAGCGCGGGAGACAAGGGGUCUACUAGUGCUUAGCGCUAAAAAGAUUUGACACCAAUUCAAAUGAGAUUUAAUCGAUUUUUAUUUGUUUUUACUGCAUCCAUAAGUUUCAGCCAGAAUUAAAUGCAGUUAAGUUACAGUUCAGAGCAAGUGUCUGAAGAUAUAUGUUACUAGUAACAUGUCUUCAAUGUGGUCAGCCCCGACAACAUGUGUACAUUAUAACCUGCUCGUUUUGCCACCUGUUUUUCGUUUUUCUUCUACGCCAAGGUUCUCUUGAUCCUCUAUGCCUGGGUUCGUUGUAUCUCUUUAAAGCUAAUUUAUAAUCCUUUGAUAAAUUGAUGCUUUGAUAAACAAGUUAAAUAUGAUGGCAUUCAGAGGAUGACACAGGUAUACGCGGAGAAAAAGGAACUCCGAAAAACGAUAGGAAUCGAACCUGCGACCUUCGGAAGCUUUUUGAUUAGUGCUUCGGACGCUCUACUCCCCUAGAAGACCUGUGUGUACGAUGAAACACAACUGGCCUUACGGCAGUAUUGCAAAUAAUCAAGCUGGAAAUUAGAGUAAGUCGUGAAAAACUGUAGUAUUUAUUUAUGUAGAUAGUUAUUUUAUUUUCAGUUUUUCUGCGUGUUUCGAUAAAGGUUUUUUUUUUAAUAGGAUCGGAAAGAAAAGUCAGUAUCGGUGUUUUUCCUUUGAAAUUUUUUAUCAACUUUUUUGUUUUGCUACCUUCAUUUGAAAGCUUUUAAAGCCAAGUUUUUUUUGGAUAGUACUUGGUAUGAGAUAUUUUUUUCCAGGGUUCAAAUUUUAUUUCGUAAACAGCUUAAAAGAUUCAUUGCUAAGAUUGUUCGCAAGCAUUAGUAUAUUUUAAAGCUCUGCGAAUGCGUAAAUGCAAACGAUGGCCUCUCUCGUACUUAGCUGAAUCUCGGUGGAGGUUUUCGAUGGAUUUUUUAAUGUUUUUAUCUUACAAUAUUCUGAGGGAAUUCCUUUGAAAUGAAAACGAUAGACUAAUUAAAAGCAAAGUUUGUUGAAGUAUAAGGAAACCGAGCAAAAAUAAAGUAUGAAUAAAUAUGAAGAACCCCUUCGAUUGAAAGCAAACUUUCGUAGUAGCUUCGUUUGAUUUCUAAGACAUUUUGAUAGGGAAUAUUCACUUGUAUCUGCCUUUUUUUUUUAACAUUUGGUAGCAAAGUAUUCAUAGAAUAGUGAAAAUGUUUAGUAAACUCUUAUGUAUAUAAUCAAGAGAACAUAAACUGUUAACUAAUCUCUUGAUGUAAUGUAAAUAUCUGUAGCAUACAGCAUUUUGGUAGUUCAGAACAUUCAAGUUAAUGUAUCAAAUUUUGUUUUUUUUUUUUCAAAUUGUUUUAUUCAAAUUGUACCACACUAAAGCGAAAAUGAAGUCCCAUUAUUUUUGCUUUAUACAUCAUUUUCAAUAGCUUAUAAUAGGUAUAGUGAGGUUACGUGCUAAGACUAUCAGUUAAGUUUCUAAAUUUAUAUCGAUAAACUUUUUUUUGUAUAGGGUUGUUAUGCCAUGUAAGAACCUACAUUUGUGGUUCCAGGCCUUCGCUUUAUUAAAUAAAUGCAAGGGACUAAGCACAA